AGCAUUAACCAUAUAUUUUUAGCCGAUAUAUAGUUAUUUCAAGGAUACGUGGUGAGACCACAAGAUGUCAGUGUUUAUUAGCAUGUCAUAUCCCAAGGCAGAUUGAAAUAAAUGAGAGCCGCGUCAAUGUUCAGUCAUUUCUUCACACCUCAAGCAUCAGAACUGAUACCUGGAGAUUUCAUUUUUCACUCGCCUUUAGGCACUUGUUGCAUUCUUCUCACACUUGUUAUUCAGUAUGGGAUUCUCAUACAAGUAUAGGAUCUUACAAUGGUGGAUAUGCAUGUCCAUGCACCUGAUUUACUUAAUUGAUGUUGUAAAUGGUCAAAUAAGUUAUGCAGUUUUGGAAGAACAAGAUCAAGGAAAAGUAAUAGGAAACUUAGCUCACGAUCUACGAAUGGACCCAAAGCAUCUCUUCAAUCGUAAGUUCCAGAUCACUUAUGAUACUAAGAUUAGGUAUUUUGAUAUUAACCCCAAAACUGGCACUCUUUAUGUUGCACAUAAAAUAGAUCGUGAAGAAUUGUGUAGCAGUAAUGUGGAUUGUGUGAUAAGACUGGGGAUUGUAAUGGAUAUGCCACUCGCAUUGUAUCAUAUUGAAAUAAAUAUCAUAGAUCUAAAUGACAAUGCACCCUUUUUCAGUAACAAUGGAAUCGUUUUAACCAUCGCAGAGUCAACUGAACCUGGAACUUGUUUUCCAUUAGAGGGCGCUUUUGAUCCAGAUGCCAGCUCUAAUUCUAUCUGCUCUUAUGUUUUAAAUCCAGAUGAAUUUUUUUACAUAGACUCACAUAUCAGUGAUUACAAAACAGCAUCUUUAGUGCUGGUUUUGAAGGAUGCUCUAGAUCGGGAGCAGCAGGCAAUCCAUUUUUUAACCCUUACUGCAACUGACUGUGGGACACCAAAACUGUCUGGGAUAACUCAAAUUAGAAUUAAUGUGCAGGAUGCUAAUGAUAAUCCACCCGUAUUUUUAAGUUCAGUGUACAGAGUGUCAAUACCAGAAAGUUAUCCCAAAGGUACUUUAAUUUUAGCUCUCAAUGCAACUGAUAACGAUGAUGGUGUAAAUUGCAAAAUUGAAUAUUCAUUCAGUAGCAUUGUGCCUAUCAGGGUUCAGCAGCUUUUUCACAUUGACUCAAUAAGUGGUGUUAUAAGCCUCAGAGGAUUCAUUGACUAUGAAGAAAAAACAUCUUAUGAAAUACAAGUACAAGCUAAGGACCAUGGGCAGCUGCCAUUAACAGGACACUGUAAAGUUAUAGUAGACAUAACUGAUGUCAAUGACAAUCCUCCAGAAAUUAGUGUGACUUCUUUAUCCAGUAUAGUUAAGGAGGAUGCUGAACCUGGUUUUGUAAUAGCACUUUUAACUGUUACUGAUAAAGACUCAGGCAAGAAUGGUCAGGUAACUUGUCAUAUACCUACCCACCUUCCAUUUGUUUUACAAAGCAAAUUCUCAAAUUACUAUUCUUUAGUUCUCAAAUAUACCCUUGACAGAGAGUCCAUGUCAGAAUACCAUGUUUCUAUAAAAGCCACAGAUUCCGGAUUCCCUUGCUUAUCUUCAAGUACUUCUAUAAGUUUUGUAGUAUUUGACGUUAAUGACAACCCACCAUUAUUCACACAGCCCUCAUAUUCAGUUUCUGUGCAGGAAAAUAUUAUUCCCGGGACAACAAUUACCCAGGUUUAUGCAUUUGACAUAGACAGUGGUGAAAAUGCUCAAAUUUCAUAUUUUCUGUUAUCAAGCACAGCUGGAGAUGUGUCUCCUCCUAGUUUAGUUACAAUUAAUUCUGAUUCAGGAAAGAUUUCUUCAGUCAACUCCUUGGAUCAUGAAAAACUGCAAAUGUUUUGUGUUGUGAUUGAAGCUAGAGAUAAUGGAACACCACCUUUAAGCAGUACCACUAGCCUCACUCUUUUUAUUCAAGACCAAAAUGAUAAUUUUCCCCAGGUGCUACCAUCUCUAUCCACCAUAGAAGUAUGGAGAACAGCCAAAGUUGGACAUGUAGUGACCAAAAUAAAAGCAUUUGAUCGCGAUUCUGGUUACAAUGCCUGGCUUAGAUAUGAAAUAGCUUCUCUCACAAACAGUUCCCUUUUUAGUGUUGGGCUUUAUACUGGUGAUAUCACUGUAUCACGAAUGAUUGAAGAAACUGAUGGAGAUUUGCAUAGUUUGCUGAUUACUAUAACUGACCAUGGAGAACCUUCAAAAUCCACCAUGACAGUUGUCACCAUCGCUCUUUUGCAGUCUAAAAAAGAACAGCUGGAUGAAAAUGUAAUGUUGGUAAAGAAUGAGCGGAUCAUUACAGACUUUAAUGGACAUCUCGUCAUAGCUAUAUCGUUUAUUUUCAGCAUGUUUUUGCUUAUUGGCAUAUCAUACACAGGGCUCAAAUAUUUCAAAGCCUUUAGAAGUUUAGAAGGGCAUUCUAGAGCUGAAGACCUUAGCUGCAUGAACAAUGACUGGACUCUAAUAAAAAAUCAAAGUAACUUUACUCCUUUGUACUUCAAUACUCAGUCAGCCACUAAUACCAUUCACAGUCAUGCUUGGGAUUAUUCAUCAGAUACAGGAUUUUUUGGAGGACGGCUACAGGACGAAGAAAGUACAUACAUGGUAGACAGUCAGGUAAGAGGAAUACAAAUUUGGUUGUCUUUAUGUUCAAAUCAUCCUAUUUUGUUUUUGCAGUAUAUAUUUUUUUCUGCAAUAUACUGAAUAAUUACAGAAGUAAGGCAAAUCUGUUUAAACAAAAUC